UUAAUUGCUAAAAUAAAUUGUACUCAUACGCAUUCUGUUAACGCUUUCCUAGUAAAUUUAUAUUUACAAAAAAAAAAAUCAACAAUAAUAAAAGUAGCCAUAAAUCACUGCAAUUAAAUACAAAUAACUAUUAUAUUUAUAUUUCAAAAAAAAAAAUAAAAAAUCACAAAACAAAAUAUAAACAGUUUUUAAUUGUGAUUUGUCUGCCGAACUGUUUACAGCUGAAUAGAUCUUCAAAACAAAAAUCAAAUAAAUUCAAAAUAAAAUGUUUCUUCUAAAUUUUGCAAUAUUUUUAAUAAUGUUAACAAGUGUAAAGUGUGAUUUAUGGAAAGUGCCCACUGCAAUUGAUAUACAAGCUGCUUUUGAAACAUGUGAAAUAUCUAACGAAUACUUUCUUAAUGCAGAAGAAAAUUACGACCAUGAUUCCAAUGAUAUCAGAUGCUUUACAAAACAUUUGGGUUUGUGGACAGAUGAAGAAGGUUUCCAAGCAAAACGACUAAUAAAGUUAUUGAAGAAAUAUCAACAACCCAUAGAAAUUGUAGUGGUAAUUGGUUAUUGCAACCGUUCUCACAAACAAAUCAACAACCCGGACAGAUGGGCCAAUGAAGCCUAUCAAUGUUUUGCCAAAGGACGCAUAGGUCAGUGGAUUAAUGAAUACGUCAAAAAUGUUUACAAAAAUAAAAUAACAACAAAAUAAACACAAACCAUUAUUAAUACACAAGUUAAAGAUUUAUUUUUAAUUCAUUUCCUGUGAAUUAAGUUAAUGUUUAUGGUCAACACUUUCCUUAACCAAUUGCAAAUGGGAACGAAUGAAACACAUGCCACCACGGUAGGCCCAGGUGCAAGCAUCACUACCUUGCGUAUUCUUGUCGGCACAAUGCUCAAUUUUUUUAUGUAUUUCAUCAUUAUGAUCGACGGUACCAUGUUCACCUACCAAUUGAUGGUGAAUUUUGUGGACAUCAAAACCCUUAUGUUCAUCAAAGAAGCCAAAGUGUU